GUGGGACUAGCCCGUUUGCCCCACCAGAACUCCGCCAGAAGACAGCGCCAGGGCGCCCACCUCACCCUCAUGGUGGCGGGACAACCGGGAUGCGGCAAGUCCACCUUCAUCAACACUCUUUUUGGCACACCAUUGUUGGCGAUUUCGCAGCCACCACCGCCAACGUCCCAGGUGAAACUCCAUCGGUUUGACCUCGAGGAAAAUGGGUUCCGUCUCCGCCUCACCGCCAUCGAUACCCCAGGCUUUGGUGCUGCCAUCGAUAACCGCCAGGCCUGGCUGCCAUUGGUGGACGUGGUGGAGAACAGCCUCCGGUCGCACGUUUUCCAGGCCCACCAGCCAGAUCGAUCGGAAUUGUUAGACAUGCGCAUCCAUUGUUGCCUCUACUUUAUUGUGCCCUCCGGCAACUUGACGCCUCUCGACAUCCACACGCUUCAGGAGCUCUCUGUCCGAGUCAACCUCAUCCCAGUGUUGGCCAAAUGCGACACCUUGUCGCAUGACGACAUGCUCCGGUUCAAGAAGCUGGUGCGCCAGGUAUUGCGAGUGCACUCCAUUCCAGUGUGUGGGUUGGUGCUGGACGCCGUGGUGCUGGAAAAAAUCGCUGCGGUGGCACCGUACGCCGUCAUGGGCGCCAGCUCCGUCCAUACUGACCAGGCAGGACGGCCGGUCAGGGGCCGCAAAUAUAAAUGGGGAAUGGCUGAGGUCGAUAACUGCAACUACUGCGAUUUCGCAGCCCUAAAAUCGAUAUUGCUCACCGACCACUUGUUGGACUUGGUCGAGGCCACAGAAGCCCACUACGAAACGAUCAGAUCCCAGUGUCUCAGUCAGCGGUGGGUGCAGGCGUCCAAAAUCGACCGAAAUCUCUCGAUUACAAACCCGAACUAUGAGUCUUUGGCGCAGAAAGUCCGCCAGGGCUUUGACCAGCAUGUUGCCGCAGAAGAACUCCGCUUCAAAGCUUGGAAGAAUGCCUUGUUGGACAAGCAGGAACUGAUGAAUCAGGAACUUCUGGCCACACGCACCCUUCUACUGAAAGUACAGGCAGAAGUGGAAGCACUACAG